CUUUAGAUAUAAACAGAUAUUUAGCAUAUAACAGAUUCUUCUUUCACAAAGGUUCAUCAAAAUGGCGUUAACGGCAAUCCUACUAACAUUGUUAUUGUUUGUUUUUAAAUCUGGUGCCGCUGAUGAUUCCUGUGAAGAAAUUAUGGUUCCAAUGUGUCGUGGUCUUAUCGGAUAUACUCAUACACAGUUGCCAAAUCGUUUAGGUCAUAAACACCAAAGACAAGUUUACAGGUUUCUGGAACCGAUUUGGCCUUUUAUGGACAGAGGGUGUUCUAACAAUUUGAGAUUGUUUGCUUGUGGACUUACAGUACCAAAAUGUACCACUAAAGGAAAUACAACAAAAAUAGAAUUGCCAUGUAAAGAAACUUGCUUUUAUUCCAAGAAAGCAUGUAGUAAAGAUAUGAAAAGUCUCGGAAUGAAAUGGCCCAGAAAACUAAAAUGCAAAGGACUCAAACGAAAGAAGCAAAAGAAAUGUUUGAAGCCAUACCCUAGACUGAAGAAAAAAAGGCGACCUAUAUACGCUUAUUGUCAGAAGAAUACCUUUCCAAUGUGCCAGAAUUUGACCUUUGAUAUCGGUACCUUACCAAACAUGUUUCAUCAAAGCCGGGAAACAGAAAUCUUGAAGGAACUUGAACAAUAUCAGAGACUAGCUGACUCACAGUGUCAUGAUGAUCUGUGGUUUUUGAUUUGUGGAGUAUUUAGGCCGUAUUGCAUCGCCAGCAACCCGUUUACUCUGCCUUGCCGGGAACUAUGCGAGGAAGUUCGAGGUCAAUGUGAGGCGACGUAUAGAAAGUUGUAUGGUGGUCUCCGAUGGCCUGCUAAACUACAGUGUCAUAGAUAUCCGCCUGCUUCAUCGCAACAUACUUGUGUUAUCCCUAAAGACACAGCUUUGAUCAAAAUUAAUAAUUGAAUUUAAACAAUAACAGCGUAACAGCUUUGUCCUCUUUAAAUUUGAUAAAUAAAAUAGUGUAAGUAACAGGGGGAUGUCAUCGGAAUGUGUUUCAGGUGACAACGAUAUUGAAUACUAUGUGUUCAAAUUAUAUUGUAUUAUAGUUUCUUACUAUAUCGAUUGUAAUAAAAAAAAAGUUAAUGUUUAAGUCUUAUCAUGGCAACUUACUUUUAGUCUGGUCUUUAUACGGCGCUGAAUGAUUUGAAUGUAAUAAAUAAGACUGUCAAUUGGUUUUUUUUCAGUUUUUAAAGCUCCCCCAGGAAAAUAUCAAUUCUUGACACUUUUCAUGUAUGGUAAAAAGUUGCACAUAUAUUUUUUUUGUUAAUAUUCAAAUUAUAUAUUGAUUAUUGGUAGGCCUAGUGGUCCUUGGACUUUUUCUUAAAUUAGACUGUCCUAUGUAUUUUACAAAUUUGCUAUGCAAUAAAUCAAUAUUUACCGUAUUUUAAAUUUUGCUAUGAUA